AAGUCGUGUCGUUUUCGUAAGCGUAAAGCAUAUGGUGGCGAUUGUAAUCAUUUCAUUACCGGAACGUUGCUGUGUAAAAUUUCUUCUUGUAUUUGUGUUAUCGCUAUCAGUUAAGUAGUUAUGGGAUCAUCUCGACAUAGAGACCGAAGUCGGGAUAGAGAAAGAGACCGUGAUCGUGACCAUGAAAGGGGUCGCGAUAGGGACCGUGACAGAAGGGAUCGUAAACGACGUAGUCGAGACAGAGAUCGUCACCGUGAUCGUGAACGUCGAGAUAGAGAACGAAGAAGUAGAAGUAGGCAUCGCGAGCGUACCCCAGAAAAAACUGCAAUUCCUGAUGGAAACAAACUACUUGCGGAAACAUUGGCCACGAUUGCAGCUACAAGAAAUUAUGCCGCACUUGUAGCACAACGUAAUGGCGAGUUGGCUAACGAGAAUUCGAAUUCCCAAGGGGAAGAAUCAAACUUGGAGGACGAGAGACGACGCAAACGAAGGUCUCGUUGGGCAGGAGGCGAACACGAAAAGAUUUUUAUCCCCGGGAUGCCAACUAUCUUGCCAUGCAAUCUCAGUAAGGAGCAGGAGGAAGCAUAUUUACUUCAACUCCAGAUAGAGGAAGUCAGCCGAAAACUUCGUUCAGGCGACCUAGGGAUCUCACCGAAUCCUGAAGAAAGAUCACCUUCUCCAGAGCCUAUAUACAGUAGCGAUGGGAAACGUUUGAAUACAAGAGAGUUUCGAACAAGACGGCGACUUGAAGAGGAGCGUCACAAUUUGGUUUUACGAAUGCAGACAAUUAAUCCAGAAUUUAAACCACCUGUUGAUUAUAAUCGGCCGCCUGUAAUCAGGGUGAGUGAUAAAGUUAUGAUUCCCCAAGAAGAGCAUCCCGAAAUCAACUUUGUCGGAUUGUUAAUUGGACCAAGAGGAAAUACUUUAAAAACAAUGGAAAAAGAAACUGGUGCGAAGAUCAUCAUACGUGGUAAAGGUAGUGUCAAGGAGGGGAAAGUGGGCCGCAAGGACGGACAACCAUUACCGGGAGAAGACGAACCAUUGCAUGCCUACAUCACAGCUACCAAUCCAGAGAACGUGAAGAAAGCUGUAGAAAAGAUUAAGGAAGUCAUUCGUCAAGGCGUUGAAGUACCCGAGAGCCAGAACGACUUACGUCGUAUGCAGUUACGAGAGUUGGCACAAUUGAAUGGAACAUUGCGCGAAAAUGAAGGUUUAAGGUGCAAUAAUUGCGGUGCAACUGAUCACAAAUCGUGGCUGUGUCCAGAUAAGCCCAAUGUGACCAACAAUAUAGUGUGCUCCAGUUGUGGUGCUGCAGGACAUAUUGCCAGAGAUUGUAGACAAAAGAGACCGGGUCAAGGCGGCCCACCAGUUACAGGAGAUAAAGCAAAAAUAGAUGAAGAAUACAUGUCACUGAUGGCAGAAUUAGGUGAAGGUCCUCCACCACAAACAACUACGAGCAGUACCACUUCAACUACGACAAGAAAAAUAACAACCGGUAUAAAUCUGUUUGAACAGCAAAUGCAACCGAGACCCCUCAUGCCACCCCCUCCUACUAUCCAAUCACAUAUCCUACAUUCCACCAUUAAUGGAAUGAGUGCUGCCCCAUGGGCUACAGCCGCUAACUUAACCUGGCAGCCGGGACCUCCUGGUAUAAUGCCACCCCCUCCGCCACCUGGUGCAUCGAGUCCUCCUCAGAUAGGAAUGAGUUGGAUGGCUACAAAUAAUCAGCCUCCACCUCCUGGCGCUUCAACCGCUACUACUACUGUUACUUCAAUGCAACAGUGGCAAAGCACUCAGUUUGUUUGGCCACCGGCACCUCCCAGCGCUAGCUUAGCGCCACCGCCUCCACCAGGAAUAGACAUGAGCAGCUUGUUGUCUGCCCCUCCACCACCGCCUCCAUCUUAAACUGUGUACAAGUGUGCAUAUUUUCAUAUUGCAGUUUCUAUUAAGUAAGAAAUUAAUUCUUAAUAAUGGGUAAAAUGUAGUUACAUGAUUUUGUAAUUUUAAUUGUAGGAUGUAUUACGAGAAAAAUUAAUAUGUAAGCAUUGAUGUUGAUAAUUUUGAAUGUGGAUGUAUAUACAUAGGAAUCUAUGUAACAAUAAAAUACAAUAGUGGUA